AUGCUGUCCUUUGGAAAGGAGACAUUACGGACAACGGCAGUUACUCCACAGUUUGAACAAAACAUGGAUUAUGUGGACUUCAUUCAUUUAAACAUUUUAGAAAAGAAAGUUCUUAACAAUUCUGAGGUUUCAGUUCAGUACUUAUGUUCUAAGCCUUGUAUCGUCAGCUUGGAAGCAGUAGCUUCCUCCGAGUUCAGGACUGGUGUACCAGUGUAUAGAAGGAGAUGGAAGGAUGAGAAAAACCUUUAUGUUAGCAGAACUCGACAAGUACAUUUGAAAUUUCCAAGCAUCAUGGUUUACAGAGAUGAUUAUAUCAUCAGAAACUCAGUAAUAGUGCACAGUGUGAUAUUAUAUGCAUGGAUUAGUCACAAGUCAGGUAGCUCCUAUGAUGUUGAGCAGAAUGAAGACUACCAGGAUGCAGUUGCCAAGAAUUACACCUUUUUAGAAGCAGUUCCACCUUUUGAACGCCCAUAUAAGGACCAUAAAGUUUGUCUUCAGUGGGGUGCUGACUAUUUGCGGAUGCUUCAGGCAAACAGGAUACCUCAGUGCCCUCAUGAAAGUGAUGGUGUCCAGAUUCUCAACUUUAUAUACGCCUCCAGUGGGGAGAAAACAGGAGUUGUGAAGAAAUUUGAACAAUUUGAAAACAGAGAACUUGAAACAGUCAGACGACAUCAGAUUGAUUAUCCCAUGUUCACUGUUUCCAUCUGGCUAUAUUUACUCCGUCACUGUGAAAAGGAUCUGUGUGGUAUCCUCUAUUUUAUUGAUCCAAAAGAAAUGUAUAGUACUCCUGCUGUAUUUCUAAAUGAGGAAGGUUAUGUGCAUGUUCAGAUGCAUCUCAUGAGAGGAGAUGACCUUGCAGUGAAAACUAGCUUCAGCCUUCCUCUGAAGCAGUGGUUUCGAUUGGAUCUCUCCUUUAAGGGUGGACAGAUAGAAGUAAGCAGUGUUGGGAAGAAUUUGAAAAGACAUCAUCAUCAGUCUUUUAAUUUCAGGGAAGAUUUCUAUUACGAUGACACUGCUGGAUACUUUGUUCUUGGAGGCAGUGGAUACGUAAAUGGUAUUGAAGCAUUCUUUGGACCCGUGAAAUACUAUCGUCUCAAUGUGUUGGAAACAGAACAGAUUUCUAACCCUCUUCAUGAUAAAGAAACAGUGGAACAAAUUGAACUCUACUACGAGAGAUGUAUGGACAUUCAAGAAAUAGUUAAUGAGUACAGAUACAUUGUAAGGCAAGGUGAAAAAGCACAAAGAAAUU